GGGAGACCACACGAGAUGCAAAGCCGGAGCAGAGUGUUGAAGUCCAGCAGAAGACCUUUGUGUCAACUUCUCUCAGUCCCUUCCUCCUCAUCCACAUCACUCGGGAUCAACCUUCAACCCAUCACGUCCACCUCCGACUGGGAAAGUUGAAUCGGUUUGGAGAAGGGAAGAGAAGAAAAAAAGUGGCCAUGAACGCCACGGGCUUCAACCACACGGAUGGCAGCUUGUUCAACAGGACAGAGGGCAUGCUGUGCUGCAACCUGUCGUCGGUAGUGACCGACCAAGGUUUGGCGGCCGCCUCCCUGGACGAGAGGAGCCUGUUCGUCAUGCGUGUGGUUCAGAUCGCUGUCAUGUGCGUGCUGUCCCUCACCGUGGUCUUCGGCAUCUUCUUCCUGGGCUGCAACCUACUCAUCAAGUCCGAGGGCAUGAUCAACUUCUUGGUGACCGACAGGAGGCCCUCCAAAGAGGCUGAGGCGGUCAUUGUUGGAGCCUACUGAACUCAAAACCCCGGACCAAGACUUGGGACCUGUGUCCGUGCACAAUGAGAUUCCCCGGGAGGUAAAAACUAGUCUCUCCUGCGGGUCCUUUUUUUUAAGAGGCUGAUUUGUUGAUGCAGUAUUCACUGUUGUAAUGUUACAGUCAGUUAGCGACAGUCCUUGUUAACCAUCAUUUGAUAUGUUUAUUGGAAAAGGAGCAUCAUGUAAAUAUGUACUGAAUGUGUUUUUUGCAAAUAAGCUAAAGUGUGUGUGACAAAUUGGAAUAAAUCGACUCUGCAAUUAAACACUUGACACAGUCUGUUUCUGUAUAGUCCAGUUUUUUAUUUGUCUCCCCAAAAUAUGUGUAUGGAGAGGCCGACUGUCGCUCAUUUCACAUUUGAGCUCAUGAGUUCAUGAUUAGAAUAUCGGAAGAGUCCAAAAUCUGUUCAGUUGCUGACGUCACCAUUUCAUGAAAAAGCAUGCACCUCUAUAUUUAUUUAUUGUGGAACGUGCCACAUAUUUGUUAAUGAAUGUUGACUUCUGUUUGUUUGCUUUCAGUUUAUCCACUUGGAAGUGGUUU